GGGUGUUCCAGAGGAUCACAAAACGCGAGUGUCACUUUAUCAACGGCACCGAGCGGGUGAGGCUCCUGGAGAGGUACAUCUACAACCGGGAGCAGCUCCUGCACUUUGACAGCGAUGUGGGGGUCCAUGUGGAGGACACCCCGCAUGGGGAGAAGUUUGCCAGGAGCUUGAACAGCCAAAAGGAAUAUAUGGAGUACACACGGUCAGCUGUGGACUGGUACUGCCUCCACAACUACAGGGUCGUCACCCCGUUCACCGUGGAGAGGAGAGUGCCCCCCAGCGUGUCCAUCUCGCUGGUGCCGUCGAGCUCCCAGCCCGGCCCCGGCCGCCUGCUCUGCUCUGUGAUGGAUUUCUACCCUGCGCCGGUGCAGGUGAGGUGGUUCCAGGAUGAGCAGGAGCUGCCGGAGCACGUGGUGGCCACUGAUGUGGUCCCCAACGGGGACUGGACCUACCAGGUGCUGGUGCUGCUGGAAAUCCCCCCCCGGCGCGGGGUCACCUACAGCUGCCAGGUGGAGCACGUCAUCCUGGAGCACCCCCUCAGCCGGCACUGGGAUCCCGUCCUGAUCAAGACGUCACGUGUGUUACAUAUUCAUGACCCACCGGCAGUGGUUGGUGCUCUCUGUAAAUCGCGGGACACGCCCCUGGCCCUGCGCACUUCUCUCUGCUGCUCGUCUCGGUGGUCGCGGGGGGUGAAGGCUCAACGUCUUCCUCUCUCGGAGCGUGCGCAGUCGCUCAGCGCCUUCCCCUGGCGACGGCUCCUCAUUGGCUGCCCGUCCGUCCGCUCGGUGUCCCAUUGGCUGCUCAUUGGCUACAUUUGCUCCAUCGCACCCUCCCAUUGGCUGCCCCUUCGCGCCCCCGCGCAGCUUUCCCAUUGGCUGCCCCUGGGCAGCUCCCCAUUGGCUGCUCACCGGCAACCCGGCUGUUCCCUGAGCAACAGCCCCGCCCCUUCCCAUGGCACUGAUUGA